UGUGUCCGGCAUCUUUCACGGUUGACUAGCAAUGAAUUGGGAUCUCCUCCAUUCCCUGCUGAGCGGGGUGAACAAGUAUUCUACGUCCCUGGGGAAAGUGUGGCUUUCGGUCAUCUUUCUCUUCCGUCUCCUGGUCUUGGUAGUGGCGGCCGAGAGCGUGUGGGGAGACGAGCAGAGUGACUUUAUUUGCAACACGCAGCAGCCCGGUUGCAGGAACGUGUGCUAUGACCGCUUCUUCCCCAUCUCCCAAAUCAGGCUGUGGGUCUUCCAGCUCCUGUCCGUGUCUGCUCCGUCUUUCCUCAUCGGCAUGCACAUUGCCCAGAGGAGGAAAAGGGGGAAGGACAACAUCAAGAUCUUUGACGAGAACAAACAGCACAAAAUAAAAAUCGACCGUGCCCUUCUCAGGACCUACUUGAUGAGUAUUGUCUUCAAAAUAUUAUUCGAAGUUGGCUUCAUGUACUUGUUCUAUUGGCUCUACGAGGGUUAUAGGAUGCUCAGGUUGGUGAAAUGCACAGAGUAUCCCUGUCCUAACAUCGUUGACUGCUUCAUUUCCAGGCCAACUGAGAAGACAAUCUUUACUGUUUUCAUGCUAUCAGCUUCUGGUGUGUGCGUCGUGCUCAAUGUGGCCGAACUGUGCUACUUGGUCAUAAAGUACUGCAUCAUGCAAUGGAAGCAGAACUGGAUAUCGAUAGUGCAAACCAAUGAACAAGCUAAUAUAAGCCAGGCUGACAGCAAUGGUUCAAAGCUUGAUGAUGACCUACAUUGCCGCAUACAUCUUAAAACCGAGACAUGAGUUUGUGUGUAUGUGUGCGGUGUGUAUGCUAUACAU